UCGACCUUAACAACAUCGACAAUGAGCAAGGAAUGGACAGCAUGCUUGAAAAAGCAGCUUAAGAAGAGUUUUUAUUCAAAUGCAAUUAUUGGCUUUUUAAUGGUGGGACUUGAGAAGCUUGUGGAGAUGGACUUUGCAUGUCCUUGUGAUCCGAACUGGAACAGGCUGUUUUCUGCAGCGUAUUUUGUGGUUCCUGCUCUGUUCUCCAGUGCACUCAUGUUUUAUAUUCAUAGCCCACAAUGCAAAACACAGUCUCUGCUCUCCACUUUAACCUGCAUCAUUCCAGCUGGUGUUUGGGUCAUGCUGCUGUUCUUUGAUGGACAGUACUACGCCUGUGCCAAAACCUCCUGGGAAGGACUGACGGUUAAGACGGAUAUAUCUGCUUCAACAACAUGGUGUCAGCCUUUAAACAAAUCCAACAACAUCACUGAAAAGCAAAUGGCAUUUUUUAGCUUUCGAAAUAUUUCUCAGUCUGUGGCACUGGGCUUGAUGCUUGUGAUCUCUGUGGCACUAUAUAUAUUUGGAUGUAUAAGGUGUCGCCACCAAUCUGCAGCAACCAAAGAACCUGAAGCUGAACAAGUGGAAAUGGAGGAUCUUGGUAAAAGUUCUGCUGCCCCUCCUGAAGGAUCUGCAUUAAUGGAGGAGGAACGCAGUGCGUCUUCUGAACAGCUGUAAAUACAGAAGCUUUGAACAGAGGUCUCGCAAAGCAUCACUUAAUGUUCACAAACCUCAUGUUUAACAUGGUACAAAAAGGGUAAACAACAAAAUUUAUAGCACAUUCUCAUCCAGCUGCACCACAAAGUUUUGCUUUUGUUUGCAUUUGUUUCUCAGACAUCUUGGCAUCACUGAAAGUAAGGAAACACAUCCUGUAAUUCAGUGCACUGUGUUAAGUAACAUGCUGCUCACAUUUGCUAAGGUUUUUUUUUUUCUUCUUCUUUUUUUUAUAUGCUUUUAGCUUGGUAUAUUUACUUUGAAGUUUUUAAAAUAAAAAAUGAAAA